AUGACUGCACUGAGCGAACUUGUCUCUACGGCAAUCUCUUGUAUAUCAGCGCCGGAUCCUAAUGACCCUAUUCUGGAAUGCUACGAUCACGAUAUUGAGCAACUAAAAUCUGCUCUUUUGGAUACCCCUGACAGUUCUCUUCAACUUGCUGAUGCAAGGCUACGAGUAUUUCCAUUUAAGGACGUGAAAGAUUGCUGGCGGCGGCUAUAUACCGAUGCCAGCCUCGUCAAAGCAUGCAAGCUACUGCAGAAGCAUAUUCCAUACAAUGAUAAGGGGACAUCAGUCAGCGGGGGAUUGAUAAGUACUACGCUGAAAGAACCCCUGGAUCGAGAAUUUGGCAACAGAGACGGUGAAUCCACGAGUAUAGAUUAUUCCACUGAUCCUUCAUGGGUGUCAAAAGUUAUUCAUAUCUUGGACAAAGCCUUGAUAAUGUCUGGUGCUCCCCGCCGUACUAGGCAAAUAGAAGACAUUCUAUCUACAUUACAAAACAGCCUUGACUUAGACUAUGAUACUUCAUUUGCCUCAUUCAUAUCACACGGCCAAACGGACAUUACACACAAACUUUCAUCUCCACCAACAAAGAGACAAAAAGUAGACAAAAACUAUAGCUUAUUCCCUUUAGACUCUGUUCCCGAACCUGUUAUAGAGCACCCGGUUCCUCGAACUGCAGCUCUUACAUUCGAAGAGUUUACGGAGCACAUAUGGAGCAUCCGGACACCAGUGGUCAUUACCAAUGCGAUAGAUCACUGGCCGGCCUUGUCUUCACGACCAUGGUCAGCAUCCAAUUAUUGGGCAAAACGGACUUUUGGUGGAAAGAGGUUAGUUCCUGUCGAAGUUGGGAGGUCUUACACUGACGAAGGCUGGGGGCAACGAAUCAUCCCGUUUGUCGAAUUUGCAAGAGACUACAUAUGGCGCGCUUCAGGGCAGAGUGAUACUUGUGCGGCGACAGGGCAGCAAACUCAGACUGGAUAUAUGGCCCAACACGAUCUUCUAACCCAAAUUCCAGCGCUGAGGGAAGACAUUUGUAUUCCGGACUAUUGCUAUGCUGAGCCCCCUGGACCUGAGCCAGGUACGCCCCUAUACAAGAAGGUACAACAAGCAAAUAAGAAGGAAGGCCAAUUGUUAGGAGGGAUAGAACCAGGGGUGAAAUCUGAAGGGGCAGCAAAGGAAGUUACGAAUAAUGAAUCAGCCGUUAAAACCCAUGGCAGCGAGAAUGAUGAAGAUGGACUUAGCGAUAAUUUCGCACCGGCUGCUCCCAUAAUGAACAUGUGGAUAGGGCCUUCAUGGACGAUAUCCCCUUUACAUCAUGAUCCGUAUCAUAACAUUCUAGCUCAAGUAGUUGGUGCAAAGUAUAUCCGCCUUUACUCCCCCCAUACGCCAGCCAGUCAGAUAUACCCUCGCGGAAAGGAGGUCGUCAACCAUAAAUCCUUGGCCGCAGACAUGAAAGGAGAAUCAGGCCAGGAGCAGAUUGAUAUGUCAAACACAUCUCAAGUUGACAUCUCAGCCAUCGAACUAUCCCCUGCGGAAUUCGAAACGUGGGAUAGCCUUUGGCCAGGCUUCUUUGAAGCUGAGUAUAUGGAAACAGUGCUGAGAGAGGGUGAAUGCCUAUACAUCCCUGUGGGCUGGUGGCAUUAUGUUCGAGGAUUACAGGCUGGAAUUAGCGUUAGCUUCUGGUGGAAUUGA